UAUCUGUCCCGCCCGCUCCCCGAAAGUGAAAGUGGAAGCGGGGGGUGGGGGGUUUUCGGGUAUUUCCAUCCUGCCUCGCAGCCAACAUGACUUCGUUCGUCCCCGUGGGGGCCCUGGCCCUGCUCCUGCCUGGGUUCGCUCUGUGUCUGGCUCUGGCGGGGCCCCCCCGGCUGAGCUGCUGGUUCGUGGAGGAGGCUGGGGGGCGCAUGGGGAUGAUGCCGAGUUCCGUGACUCAGCGCCGGGCGCUGCUACUGCUGCGGGGGGCGAGAGGGGGGCUCCCCGAGACAGAGCCCGAGCUGCCUCCCGACCUGGAGCCAGGCAUGGUUUUUGACAUCACUGACCCUGCAGGGGCUCUGCACCGCGUCCCCCUCCCAGUGGGGGGGCGCUCCAAGGAGGGGGAGCUGCCUUCCUGUGAGAUCAACGCCUACACACCACAGGAGGCCCACGUGCCCUGGGCAGCCGGCCUGACCCCCGAGCACCGCAGCCCCCUGGGCCUGGGGGGUCCCUGGUUCAUCAGCAGCGUCCAGGCCCCGGCCAGGGGCUACGGGGUCAGCGCUGUCCUCAAGAGUGAGGAGGCGGCAACGUCCCAGCAACCAGCAGUCAUCAUGGCAACUGCGGUGUUGUCCGUGUUCUCCCGCACCCCGCACCUGCACUCCCGCCUGGGCCGGGACGUGCUGCUGGACUGUGGCUUCACGGCACCACCUGGCCCCUUCUCGGUGGAGUGGCGGUACCAAUACCGGGGUGCUGGGCGCGUGGUGCUGGCCUACGAUGGGGUGUCAGGCCGGGCCCACGUGGCCGAGGAGGGGGCGCAGCUGUUCCUGGAGGAGGGGAGGGCGGGCGCAGACACCAACGUGUCGCUGCGACUGUCCCAAGUCGGGGUGCGGCACGAAGGAACCUACAUCUGCACCAUCUACCUGCCCCACCUCCAUGCUCAGCAGGCCCUGGAGCUGCGCAUCACCGAGCCCCCCAUGGUGAUGCUGCACCCUGACCCCCUAUCGGUGGCCCCUGGGGCACCAGCUGAGCUGGCCUGUGAGGUCUCUGGCUAUUACCCAUUGGAUGUGACGGUGAGCUGGCUGCGCCGGGGCCCCGGGGAGGCGGGGGGCGACCUGCUGGAGUACGUGACUGAGACCUGGGAGUCAGGGCACCGGCAUGGCCCCGACGGCACCUACAGCCUGAGCAGCUUCGCCCGCCUGGCACCCGUCCAGCCCCGCGACCACGGAGCCACCUACAGCUGCCACGUGACCCACGCCGCCCUGGCCACCCCUGCCCGGAGGAGCGUCCGGCUCCGGGUGGCAGGUGCCACAGGCCCCUCCCUGGAGGAUGCCAUUGGGAUGUUCCUGGCUGCGUUCCUGCUCUAUGGGCUCUUCCACCUCCUCGGAAACAAGGUCUGUCCAUCCGGAGCUGAAGAGAAAAGCAAGAAAUCAGAGUGAGACGUGCCCAAAGAAGCUGAGAUUUUGGGCGCUGAUGUGUGACCCCCAAAAUAAGAUUGUGAACCUCAGGACAGGAACCAGAGUUGGGGGCUUAAUGGACAAUAAAGGGUUAACAUCCUCUCCAGUCCCCCUUCCCUGCACCUGCCGUGUUACGAGCCAGGAUCAUGCCUCGAUCCUCCCCCACUGCUUCCCCAUCCCCUCUUGGCCUGCUCUCCCCACAGCACCCACCUCCCCUGCUGCUGGGGUCCCUCCGCCUGCUCCCCCUACCGCCUGCCUCACCCUGGGGGGCUGGGCAAGUGGCCUGUUCCAUUUAAGGUUGGGGGGCUGUUGGUCUGCACUGCUGUACGGGGGCUUCAGCCCCAGAAAUAAAAAUGUUUUGCUGUGACCCCCGUAACUCCA